ACCCCGGAAUGAUCCAAGCCCAGUCCAGCCUGGCCUUGGACGCUCCCAGGGAUGGGGCAGGCACAGCCCCCCUGGGCAGCCUGUGCCAGGGCCUGCCCACCCUCACAGGGAGGAAUUUCUUCCCAAUACCCCAUGUAACCCUGCCCCUGCUAGUGGGAAGCCGUUCCCCCUUGUCCCUCCGCUCCCAGAGGGGGGCACAGGGAUGUCCAGGGGGUGCAGCAGCUCCGCUCUGCAGUCAGGCUGGGAGAGCUGGGGGCUUCCAGCUUGGAGAAGAGAAGGAGACCUUGGAGCCCCCAAAGGAGCUCCGGGAGAGCUGGAGAGGGAGUUUGCACAAGGGAUGGAGUGAUGGGAUGGGGUUCAGGAGCCAGGACAGAGCAGGCACAGUGCACAGGAUGGGCAGGGCUUGGUAUCAGCCCCCUCAGCCUGGCUCCGAACAGCACAGGGGGAACCGUGCAGGAGAGGAGUUUGUGCCAGCCUGAGCCCUGGCACGGGGAAGGCGUGCGCGUGCCAGCAGGAUCCCCUGGGCCUGUUGGGGACAGAGUCAGCCCAGGGUCACCCGGCCAAGCUGUUUCCUGCAGGAGGUUUGGACAUAAAGCCGUGGCCAUGGCUCGGACCAAGGCUGCAGCCCUGCAGCAGGUCCUGCCCUCCCUGCUGGACCCCAGCCAGGGCGUGGGGCUGUCAAAGCCUUGGCUCUGCCGUGCCCCAGGGGAUGGUCCAGCCCUGCUGCCCUGAAGGCGAUGACAAGUUCAGGAAAAGCCAGCCCUGAGGCCCAAGGCUUUUUAAGGAAGGAGAAGGAGUGCAGUGCCUGAUGACCCACAGGAAAGCCAGGAGCAGCCCGGGAGGGAAGCGCCACGCCCCGGGCAGCAGGCAGCAGCCCCGAGGGAGCUGGGGACACCUUCCUGCAGGUGCCUGCCUGCGGGGGGAUAGAAUGUAAGAAAAUAAAGACAGUGCAGAAGGUAAUCUCCCCCCUGAGGAGCUGCAGCUGCACUAAUUACCAAAUAUUAGCAACAGGCCUGCUCUUGACAGGCCACAGCUCUGUCCAGUGAGGAUGAGAGCUAAAAAAGAGUGGGUUAGCUGGUUGAGGGGGGAGCUGGAGGUCGUUGGCUGUACAGGCGGGGAAGAAGGAGUCAGUGCUGCGAGGAGCUGCCCAGGAGAAAUCACCGAGGAGGUGUGGAACUUUUGUGGAGAAGGGAAAAGAGAGCCGAGCCAAGGGCUGGGCGUGCCCCGCUCGUUCCCUGCCUCCGGCUGUGCACCUGCCUCGCCCUCCCCGCUGCCGGUGCCCCGCCGUGCCCCGGGCACCCCGGUGGGCUCCCCACCCCGGGCCGGGGGCGCAGCGGCUGCAGCGUUCAGAGGUCGUGGCUCCACUGCAGGGCUCCUCCGUGGGAUGCAGGGGAGCUCUGCCCGCGCUCAUUCCGGUAGGAUGUCCAGCUGCAGGGCGUCCAGAGCUGCAGAGAGAGGCGCAGGGGCGAGGAGGGCUGCAGGGGGCUGGGACAGUGAUUCCGCUGGAGUAGAGUGGGGCUGUGGAUGGAAAACCUUCCCGGGGCUCUGCGAGGACACAGAGCUCCCCUCCAAGGUGCCUGGCAGCCAGGCUGGGCGUGGGACCCCUCCUCUCAAGGACGGUCCCCGGCUGUUGAUGCACUUGCUGGAGGUCUGGGAUGCACUCCCAGCUGGCAGCACACGGGGUGUACCCCCUUGUGAGCCCCCUCCCCUCCUCAGCCUCGCUGGGCACAGAGCUCUGCUGCCAUCGGGGGCCACCGGAGCCCACCCUGAGAGCGCAGAGCCCGGCACGAGUGUGACUCCUGCGGCCCUGCCCUGCCGGGAGCCCCGGGGCCGCGCAGCGCCGGCCGCGCUGGCACCGAGCCCACCCGCGGGGCUGCUGCAUCACGGCUCCACCGCUGCGCUCCUUCCCGCUGCUGAGCUCACCCCACAUUCCCGAAAAAACGGCAGCCAGAGCACGCCAGGCCUGCCUCAGCCCUCGCUGAGCCCUUCUGGAUUGAUCGGGAAGCAGAGGGAGACAGGGAACAGCUCCAGGGCUGCGUGUGCCGGGACUGGAGGGAUUCCCCAGCCCCGGCAUCUUCUCCUGCCUCCCUUGCUCCUUGGGCACAUCCCGAGGGGAUUUCUGGAGUCUGCCUGA